AUGGACUCCCUGUACAAGUGGAAUGACUCCACAAAGAUUGGCGUUGCCUUGACGGGCCUGGGAGCACUCUUCACUUUUUUGGGUGUCAUAAUGCUUUUGGAUAGUGCUCUUCUGACAAUGGGAAAUAUUCUUUUUGUUGCCGGGGUAGCUUUGGUAAUGGGUCCCAAACGCUUUCAGUCGUUUUUCUUCUCCCGUCGUCGAGCUUCAGGGUGCUUUUUCUUGGGCAUGUUGCUCAUUAUAUCAGGCUUUUGUUUCAUUGGUCUUUUGCUUCAAGGAUUUGGUGCGCUGAACCUUUUUGGCAAUUUUUUUCCGAUGAUAGCUCGCGUUUUAGAGUCGGUUCCACUUCUGGGCCCCAUCAUGCUCUCGAAGCCGGUUCAGCGUCUGCUAACUUUAUUAGGUCUGCAGGACCACCGUAGCCGGAACGUUUGA